AUCAUUAUUCAUUACAAAGGUAUACACAAGGGCAAUACUAAAACGAUGUCGUAUGAGAAGUGCCCAAAAACACUUGUUCACUUCACAGAACCACAAUAGCGUCACUGACCCGCCGCACCCUCCGUGGUUGUUGAAGCUGUAAGGUGGUGUGCAUUUUCCGCCGCCAUGAAGCUCGUCAGGUUUCUGAUGAAAUUGAACAACGAAACCGUAUCAAUCGAGCUCAAAAAUGGUACAAUUGUUCAUGGCACCAUUACAGGUGUUGAUAUUAGUAUGAACACACAUUUGAAAACAGUUAAACUAACACUGAAGGGGAAAAACCCAGUGACUCUGGAUCAUCUCAGUGUGAGGGGUAACAACAUUCGUUAUUAUAUCCUUCCUGACAGCUUGAAUCUUGAGACUUUGCUGGUUGAAGAGGCACCUAGGGUCAAGCCUAAGAAGCCAACUGCUGGGAAGCCUUUGGGACGUGGGCGUGGUCGUGGGCGUGGACGUGGUCGUGGCCGCGGUCGUUGAAUUGCAUAUUCAGAAUUUUUGUGCCAUAUGGUUAUAUUGUAGGAAGAAUUUAUGAGUGGUCUUGUGGACAUCAAGAGAGUGUUCUUGCUGAUUAGUUAUGUUGGCUUUGCCUACAUUGCUAUUAUUUUUGAACAAGUUCUUCUGUAUAAUUCCUGUGAGUUCUUCAACUGAGUAAUACUUUCUGUGAGUUCUUUAACUGAGUAAUAUACUUUGUUGACUUCUAAAAGAUACCUAAUGCAAUUCAAGUCUCAACUAAGGUCUGCAUAUA